AUGGAUCCAGUAGCAGCGGAUCAACUGAACGAUCAAGAUGUCUAUCAGGCGACAAAAGACCUAUUCGUGGGUCAAAAAGCCAAAUUCCGAAAGCUGGGGCUCGUACAGAAGUCCAUCGAGAGCUACUCGAGACGAGAUAAUACACUACGACGAUUCGUAGACAUAUACGGUGUUGAAACCAUUUGCCAGGUUGUUCUUAGGCUGCUUUCUGGCGGGGUAUAUGAAUCAAUGUUGACCGCGAGCCGUCGAUUCCCGGAUCUAUUCAACCCAUCAGCCGUCCAGAGCGAGGCAAGGGACAUACUCGAAGCAGAAGCUAUUAGAAACGAACAGACCGCGCUUGAAGGCAUAGUUCAGAGCCAAUUGGCUGACAGUAAGGGAAUAUUUGACUGCGCUGGGGCUAUGGUUGCCUUACGUGACUCGGGAAAUGACAUUCCGAACGGCCAGGCCAGCAAGUCAUCGUCGCUAUUUCCAGUAUAUUUACCGUUUCCCACGGAACAUCUGCUCAUGGAACGACUUCAAAAGACUCUUGAACUUGCAUGUUAUGAGUUUGGGGCUCGGGCUAUGCCGGACACACUGCGAAAGCGUUGCUGGGACUGUCCUGAGUCAGUAGAGCUCAGUAAAUGGACUGAGGUCUUCAGGCGAGAAGGGGUAUUGGAGCGGGGGAGUCCCCGUAAAGCUUUGAAGGAACUAUUACUUUCCAUUGCAAACAUAAGACACACAGCUGUCCACCGCUUGCGUACAAGCUCGGUAGGGCUAGAGCAGUUUAUUGCUGAUGCAGAAGAUCUCGUUGACGUGUUGGGAGAUACAGCGUAUUCGAAAUCGAUGUCUCAGCUCAGGGCGAAUGUAAAUUCGGCGAUUACGGAGCUUAUGCAAAAUAAGCAAAUUCUUCAGCUGCAACUAGAGCAUACUCAAGCCGCAAUAGAACAGCAACGGGCUGAACUAGAUCGGAGAGAGCAAGAGGCCAUUCACAAUGCGAGAGAAGAGGACAGAAAGUACCAGAUGUUAGCAGGGGAAAGAGUUCAGAAGGCACUAGAACAUAUAGGGAACUUGGGAGGAACGGAUAAUAGAAGGAUUUCUCCACUGGAGGGUUUUGGCAGCGUUGGGGGCAUGGCAGAGGAUGAUGACGAUGACUUGGACAAAUUCGAGGACUGUAAUGAAUGA